AUGUCGGAGGAGGACGAACAGAGAGGAAUCAACUGGGACAAAAUCCAUCACAUGGUCGUGGAGAAGGGCAACACUUGUAUCAAUGGGAUUAAGCUUAAAGAUAUUGAUUGGUUCUUGAGAGAUUCGAAUGUGUCGGCCAACAUUGGUCAGACAGACUCCGAAACACAUGAUCCCAUGGAACCUUCGGACGAAAGCACCAUCAAGACCCCAGCUUCGCCGCAGAUGGCAACGACAAUCUCUAACAAUAAUGAAAAUAUUUCUGGGAAACUGAAGCCCACAAUAUCACCGAUUUCUGAAGAGCCUAUUGUUUCUGAACAACCACAGCAGCAACAAUCAGCAAAACCUUCAAUGCCCACUUACAGCAGGAGGCGAUCCAGUGCUGCUAGUUUAGCUAGCGCUAGUAGCAAUGGCAGUAGUGCUAGCAAUGGAGGGUCUGGCUUCUUUUCCAAAUUAAAGCAUAAGCUCCAUAAAUCAGGAACGGAUGGUAAUUCUCCUAGCUCCUCUCCAAAGAGCCAACCUCAAAUGAUGGGUGGAGGCGUUGAUUUAUUCAAAAAAGAUUACCAGAUGCGUCUAUCUAGGCAAACAUCGCCCUUGAACUUGUCUAGCUCGCCCGUUCAAGGCAAUAAUGAUGAACACUCUGCCUCUGUAUCGAGAAGAAGCUCACAGGACAGCAGCGACCCCAGACUAGAUGAGUAUGUCAGAUUUUACAAGCAGCCUGACCUGCGAAGGAGCUCUUUAAGUCGUCGCAAUUCUUCAAGAUCACAGAAUGGACUCGAAGGGUGCCUAUUGAAUCCACUUCCACCAAAAAAACAAUCCGUAUCCUCAGAAAGUGCCCCACAGUCUACGACGUCCAAAUUUACUUCACUACUUCGCCGCAAAAGUAUCUCUAGUGCGCCCUCUAACCCACCAAAUUCUGGUGAUCUUCUGGAAAGAGACUCUCAAUCAUUACACUCUUACGACUCCAGUGGCGGUUCCAGUACACCUAGGCCAGAAACUCUUCCCCAGUUCAAGGGUUUGAAACCGUUAAAGCGAGUCGCUUUCCAUUCCCUGACAUUCCUUAUAGAUCCACCGCAACAAAUUCCUUCUCGAAAUCCUCGAAAAGGUAACGUUGAGAUUCUUCCUGGCAAUGUUGUGAGAAUACAUCCCCUCACCGAGGCCGAUAAGGAGGCUAUAGAAAGAUCACAAAAAGGUUUGGGAGGUGGUUUAGUCGUUGGUGGCACUGGUGCUUUGGGUCUCAUACGCAAAGAUGAGAAGGAAGACUCCGAUGGCGAUGAGUACGAAAGUCCUCCAGAAAAGGAAGAAAAUCCUAAGCAUGGCGACGAAGAUGAUGAGCCAGAUACAGCAAUAAACCAGCACGCAAAGCUGCUCGGAAUCGAUAAGCCCAUGUUGCACCAUAAAGCUCGCCAGGGCUACACAGUUCCAAUCAAAAAGAUGGCCCUUGACCUCAUGUAUACUAGGUGUUGUCACCUUCGGGAAAUCUUGCCAAUUCCCGCUAUUGCUAAGCAAAUACCGAAGGGCUCAAUGGCUCCACUCCCCUUACUUCAGCUUCGCAAUCCUAGUCCUUCAAUGAUUGAGAUCCAGACUUUCGCUGACUUCAUCCGAAUCGCUCCAAUUUUUUGCAUUUCUCUCGACGGCGUUAGCCUUUCACUAGAACAGUUCAAGAUUCUUUUAAGUGCAAUGGCAUCAAAGACACAACUUGAGAAGUUGAGUCUUAGGAAUACACCCAUAGAUGCAGAAGGAUGGUCAUUAUUAUGCUGGUUCCUUUCCAGAAACAGGGUUAUUAGCAAGUUGGACAUAACCCAAUGUCCCCCGCUCUCCGUCAACGUUCUCAAGAAGAAGAAAAAGAAAUCUUCGAAGCCUAGCCAGGACGAAGACUUAGUCAGAAUGGUGUGCAACAAGGAGAACCGAUCUGAUAUGGAUUGGUCCCUCUUUACAGCAACACUCAUUGCAAGAGGCGGUAUCGAUGAACUUAUACUCACUGGAUGUUGCAUAAACGAUAUCGAGGUCUUUGACAAGCUUGUUUCCCAGGCGAUAUCACUUAAGACUUAUAGAUUGGGUAUGGCCUACAAUCAAAUAAGACCGCAACAGAUGAGAAUUUUGGUAGAAAAAUGGGUUCUCACCGGCAAGAGUCGUGGACUUGACUUGGGCUACAAUGACUUUCUGUCACCAGCUUAUUUGCAUACGUUGGUCGAUAUGACAAAAAACCCACGGCUCUCGACACUUAUAUCAAAAAGCAACUUGGCUUUUAUCAGCUUAAAUGCGACCAAUCUCAGAUUCAGCUCCUUGUUCAAGGACAUGUUUGAAAAGUUCAUGCUUGAGUUUCCAAAAAUAAAGUACUUGGAUUUGUCCAAUAAUCCAAAACUAUUUGGGAGCUACUCCAAUGGAGAGCUGGUAUCAGAUGAUACUAGUAGCACACCAUCCAGCAAUUCCAGUGUCUCCGAGCAACAAAAGAGCAAUCAAGAGGCGAUUUUCAGUUACUUUACGUCAAAAUUACCAUUAUUCCCCAAUCUUGUACGCCUUCACUUGGAAAAUAAUGGUCUAUCAUCGCAAUGUUUGACGGCACUCUCAGAGACUAUUCCAUUCUGCAAGAGACUAGGCUACUUAUCUGUUCUUGGCAAUUCACUUGACGUGGUGGCAGGAACUGCCCUCGUGGAAGGACUCAAGAAUUCGAAGACGUUAAUAACACUCGAGUGUGACUACCACCUUCUCCCAGAUUUAUUCAAGGAGCGUAUUGGUCUUUACACCAUGCGCAAUAUGGAGCGUGUAUUGAAGUAUCCAGAGAAUGGUGAUGAAGCAAUUAACACACAGAAGGUUGAUCCCAAUGAAAUGUCUCUUACGGAAAGACUUUCGCAGAUUUUGUCUCUUAAAGCCGAAGGUAAGCUUGACAUCAACUCGCCUGAAGUUAAAGCUUUUAUGGAGAGAGCCAAAGAAGACAGGAAGAACCUACAGGCUACCAUACAAGAAUUGCUUCAAAUGCAGUGGAAAAAUGAACUUAAUUUGGAAGGCAAAGAGACAUUGAUAAGACUCUUGUUUAUCGACUCAUCCUUGGUGAGAGGUCUCAAGCUCGUUGAUGAUUCUUUGGUGCCUGAUGAGCAAUUCAACGCGGCCAACGUGAUCGGAUUUAACCUCGUGGAAGAUGAGUCUCGGAAAGAAAAUGAUGUAAGGAACCUUCAGGACAACCACCCAGACGAUCCAGAGACUCGAGACUUGCUUGACGCUACUUCUUCAUUACCUUACUCGCGCUCUCAUUCGCUUACAAGUUUGAAUGAAUUGAACAGGGAAGAGGGCUCUGUGUUGAAGCUAUCCAAGAUCAACAAAGAUGCGCAUCUUUUGGAUGAUCUUGAAACCUUUUCCGGUGAAGAGCUACGCCAAAAGAUUCUCAAUGUGGACCUUUCUGAACUUGACCAGGUAAUCAAGUUUCUUAACAGAAUGAAAAUCCAAGGUGUGAGCCUCAAAAGUGUAUUUAACCAAGCAUCUGGAUACGACACGAAGAAUCUUUUGGCUGAAUUCCAUCGGCGUUUAGAGAUCUUAAAGAAGGAAGCAGGCGAUGCUGGUGAAAAACCGGAACCGAAAGCUGUCUUAAUGGGACCCACAGACUCUGAAAUUGAACAACGAGCAAAAGAAGACGAUCAUACCAUACAAGAGGCAUUCGAUAGUGUCUUGAAAAAGUUUCGUCCCUCGCAUGAAUAA